UCCACACCCCUGGUCUGAACUCCCACUCCUGUUCCUCAUCCCUGAGCCAGGAGCAGCUCCUGGCUGGAAACACGUGGAUUUCUCUCCCUGGAUUACACUGCCCUCAUGUUGUUAUUGAUUCCUCCCUAUUGACCUUUAAUACUUAACCCCCUUCUCCUUAGAUAGUUUGGACUUUUUGACAUUUCUUUAAACUGAAGUCGCCUUCAGGAUUGUUGUAUGGAUUGGAAGAAGAAAACUUUUGGUGGAAAUUUUGGAAUUGCCAGGAUGAUACAGUGGAGCUGAUGGUAUUUGCGGUGCUGGCCAAGCAGUGUUUAUAGUGUACCCUGGUCUCAGACAAGCUGGAGCUGCCUGUCUGUGAUUGACAGCAAACAUGCAGACCCAUCCCUGACAGUUUUUGGAGGAGCUGCUUCAGCUUGAAACUCGUGAGCUUUCUUCUACUGCUUUUCUACUGGGCGGAGAAGGGAUGUGGUGAAGGGCAGGAGACCGAGCAAUGGAAGUUAUUAAUGGCAAUUUAAACAAUCACUCUGAAGUAAUCCUCAAUGGUUACAUGAACAAAAGCUUUCAGGCUCUUCCCAAGGAGAACAAUUCAGACAAUAUGGCUAUUUGUGAACUUGAUCCUUGUGAAGUAAGUGGUGUUUCCACCCAACUUCAGACAGAAGAUUCACCACAUCGGUUUGAAAAGAAAGCAAAAGGGACUCGUAUUUGGAGUUUUGUCAAUAGGCGAAGGGCAAACUCUGGACGUAGUAAGAGACCUCAGUCAAUGAUACUUACAACUGAAAUCAAUGAACCCAAGCCUAAACUAUCUUUUAUGGACAAAGUGAGAUCUUUUAAAAGGUUGAGAUCUGCAACAUUUUCCAAAAGUUCUGUUCUUCGGAUUUCCAAAACUAAAGUCCAGAAUCAACUACCAGAAAACAUAGAACUUUCUAUUCCGAGUGCUUUAUUCAGAACAAGGAAAUAUGCUGAUGGACAAAGACCAUACAGACAUUCCUAUGCAGGUUACAUUGAUGAUUUAGAUACCUCUUUUGAAGAUGUUGAGUUAAAUAUUAGCAUUUCUGAAUGUAUAUCUAAUGAUAACAAGUGGUUAAGGGAUUUAAGUAUUGGAAUAAAUGGAAAUUCUGAGUAUAUAGACAAUGAAAGCAUAAGCGGCAAUCGUAGACGUCCACUGGUCAGCACUAAGAGUUCAACUAUCGCUGAAGGAGAAAUCCAGAGAAGAGGACUUAAAAUCCCACCAGAACAUCGUAGAGGCAGAAGCUCAUAUAUGUGGAGUUACCUGAAAGGUAUUUCACUAGCCACAAAAGAUAAUUCAAAAGGAUUUGAUAAAAUUCAGGGAACUACUUUCCAAAAUACAGAGUGCACAACUGAUAAUCUGGCCUCUCCUGAAAUAGACCAAAAAUGUGAGGACACUAUUGACAUGGCCAAAACAUCUGACACAGCUAAUGGUGGCAAAUCCAGAAACUUUAGUGGGGUUUUUAAAUUUUUCAGCAAUGUUGCAGUAGCAGCAAGAAAAUGGAGAGGCUCCUCCAGAUCAUCUGCAUCAGAUGAUCAAGAAUCUCAGUCAACUCCACGGACUCCUAGACUACAAACCUCCUCUGUCAAGGAACCUCUUAUUAUUGAAAAUGAGAAUGCUUUGACUUUUCCAUCAGCGCUUCUACAGUCUCCUGAUUCAGGUGUGUGGGAGACACAUGCCCAGGAUAAUCUAUCAGUUCAAGACAUAUCACCAAAUGUUCCAACAAAAGAAGAGAUUUGUGAGCCAACAGAUGAGCUUACACAAACUGUGGAAAAUACUGUAUAUUUAGUCAAAGAAUGCAGCAUGGAUGACAGCCCAGAAGAAUCUGUACAGGCAGGAUUUUUAUUGUCCCAAAUUGAGGAAUAUAAGUGUACUGAUGGUUCUAGUAAAGUUUCUGAUACUUCCUCUGAUCAUUCCCAAGAAGAGCCUCUAAAUGAGUACAAGAUGCAUACUGAUUUUGAGAGAAAUGCUGAAAGCUCAUUUGUGACUCAGUCAAGUGUGCAAGAUGAGGAUGUAUUUGAGUGCAGCGAAUCUCAUUUCAGUUUAUCGUCAACAGCUUCCUCCUGUGAAGAGGAACGAUGGCAUAAUGGAAUUGUUGAUAUCACCAGAGAGGAGGAAUUGACUGUGAAUGAAUUUGAAGGUGCAGAAUUGACUGAUCAGGUGCAGAUCAAUAAUGACUUGCAAACGGAAUACGAGGAAGAGGAGGAAUCCAUAUCAGCUAAACACGACACUGAUACCAAUGAUGGGUUAGACAAUGACACCAGCCUCGCAAGUGACUCAGAUAGUGACCAGAAGAGUGAUGAGUCCACUAAAGUCAUGACCUCUGGUCUUUUAACCAAAGAUGAAAGUAUUCUCCCGCCUCUGAGACUGCCCCCAACUCCACUCACUGUGCCCCCUUCUUUCAAGUUCCCGCUGGAUAGAUUUAUGUCACUACCUCUUUCUCAGAGCACUCCAUCUGGACUUGAUCAAGUUGGAUGGAUAAAAAAGAAGUUAAUGAGCACAGGAGAGGAGGAUCUUGGCUCGAAGACUCUGGAGGUUCGUAGAGACAGCAGGAAGGGGAGGAGAUGGAAGCCUAUAAAUAUUGAGUCCCAUCAACUUCCAGUGCACCAGCUGAUCAGGGGUGGAUCUAUUGUAAGUGCUGAGGCAGCAUGGGAUCACGUCACCAUGGCCAACCGGGAGUUGGCAUUUAAAGCUGGAGACGUCAUCAAGGUCCUGGAUGCUUCCAAUAAGGACUGGUGGUGGGGUCAGAUAGAUGAUGAGGAAGGAUGGUUUCCAGCCAGCUUUGUGAGGCUCUGGGUAAACCAAGAAGAUGGGGUGGAAGAAGGCACCAGCGAAGUACAGAAUGGACAUCUGGACCCAUCUUCCGACUGCCUAUGUAUUGGCAGGACACUGCAGAACCGGGAUCAGAUGAGAGCAAAUGUCAUCAAUGAAAUCAUGAGCACAGAACGCCACUACAUCAAGCACUUGAAAGAUAUUUGUGAGGGUUAUUUAAAGCAGUGCAGGAAGCGGAGAGACAUGUUCAGCGAUGAGCAGUUAAAGGUCAUCUUCGGGAACAUUGAGGACAUCUACCGGUUCCAGAUGGGCUUUGUCAGAGACCUGGAGAAGCAGUACAAUAAUGAGGAGCCACAUCUCAGUGAAAUAGGACCAUGCUUUCUAGAACACCAAGAUGGGUUCUGGAUUUACUCAGAGUACUGCAAUAAUCACUUGGAUGCCUGCAUGGAGCUCUCCAAGCUGAUGAAGGACGGCAGGUACCAGCAUUUCUUUGAAGCAUGCCGACUACUGCAGCAAAUGAUAGACAUUGCUAUCGAUGGGUUCCUUCUGACACCUGUACAGAAGAUCUGCAAGUACCCGCUUCAGUUGGCUGAGCUUCUUAAAUACACAGCACAGGAGCACAGUGAUUACAGGUAUGUGGCUGCUGCUCUUGCUGUCAUGAGGAAUGUCACUCAACAGAUCAAUGAGCGAAAGAGGAGACUGGAGAAUAUUGACAAAAUCGCACAGUGGCAAGCAUCCGUUCUGGACUGGGAGGGUGAUGAUAUCCUGGACAGAAGUUCAGAACUUAUCUACACAGGGGAGAUGCAAUGGAUUUACCAGCCAUAUGGACGCCAGCAGCAGAGAGUGUUCUUCUUAUUCGAUCACCAGUUGGUUCUAUGUAAAAAGGACCUAAUCCGGAGAGAUAUUCUGUACUACAAAGGCCGAAUGGACAUGGAUAAAUUUGACGUCAUAGAAGUAGACGAUGGGCGAGAUGAGGACUUUAAUGUGAGUGUUAAGAAUGCCUUCAAGCUACAUAACAAGGAAACUGAAGAAAUGCACCUUUAUAUUGCCAAGAAACUAGAGGAAAAGAUGAGGUGGCUGCGUGCCUUCCGGGAAGAAAGGAAGAUGGUGCAAGAAGAUGAAAAAAUUGGAUUUGAAAUUUCUGAAUAUCAGAAGAGGCAAGCAGCAAUGACUGUCCGGAAAGUAAGCAAACAAAAAGCUGGCGUUAGCUGCCCACGCUCGGUCCCUCCAGCAUACCCGCCGCCUCAGGAACCCGGGGCAAUUCAAGGACAGUAUAUGGUGACCGAUGGCCUAAACCAGCCGCAAGUUUUUGAGUUCACUGAACCAAGAAGAAGUCAAUCACCAUUUUGGCAAAACUUCAGCAGGUUGACGCCUUUCAAAAAAUAAUACAAAAAUAUAAAUAUAUAAAUAUAUAUUAAGAAAGGAGUAUUAAAAUAGAAAAAGAAAUUAUAUUUAUAGAUGGACCUUUUUUCGGAGAAGCACUGUUGCAACUAUACUAUGAAAGGACCAAAUACAAAAUUAGCAAACAAGACAGGAAAACUAACUUUAAAAAGUUUUUUUUUCCUUAAAAAGUUAAUUUUUUUUCCCGUCGGACUACAGGAACUGCUCUGCUUUUGAAAAGCUCCAUGAAACAUUUCCUCUAUCUGAAGAGUUCAUUCACAGUCUCAAGACUCUUGCUGUUUCUUUCCUUGGACUCUGGGACUUCUCUUGCUUUCCGUGAUAAUGACCACUAAUGUUUUUUGAAUUACUUGGUGGAAAUUGCACAUUUUGCUCAAAGAAAAGUCUCUCUAAUUAAGAGAAAAAAACAUACAAUGGUUAAUGGAAAGCACCCUAAGCAAAACACAUAACCUGCUUUCAUUUCAUGAUUUUCACUCAAUAUACAUGCCAACGCCUCCAGACCCAAGGGGACUGGCCAUUGGUUGUUAGUCCUCCUGGCCCUGAAGCAGUUGGGUUUGCCUCAUCCACAUUGCUUCCAUAAGAGCAAGCGAUUUGAAAGUGGUCAUUCAACUCCUCAACAAAGCACUCCUGCGCAAGAAGCAAAAGGGGAAGCUUGCAGAGUGUAAAGUCUGGUGACAGGCUGUGUGAACCUACUGUAGAUGCACGUCCUAUGAAGUCAAAGAGACAGCACGCUAAGCUGCCUGUGCAUUGUAUCUACUACUCUUGUGUAAAUCUAUGUUUGUUCAGGAGGUGUAAAGAUGCAGGAAGGGAAGAAAUCAGCUUCUUGCUUGUAUAUUGAUCCUCCCACUGUCUUAGCAGUGCCAGAGCUCUGUAGUUCCCAUUGAGUCUGCUAGCAACUGUGCAGUCUAUCUAUUGCUUUACUCGUUCCAUAGAUGUUCUGGGAUAAGGAUGAAAGUCCAUCAAACAGGGAUUAUUAGAUUUUUUUUUCAUCAUGAAUAUUUAUUUUGUGUUUUUCCAAAGAGUCUUUUUUUUCUGUUUUGGAUUCAAAUUUUUUUCCCCGUAUAACUCUGACUGCUGCCGCUUCACAUUCCAAAGCGAAGAAGGCAGCGCAUUUAGCCAGUAAUUGUUGUUCUUAUUUGGAGUCACUGUGAGCUUUGUAACUUAAAGACCAUGUGAAAAACAGACAAGAUAUUGCUGCUUGAUGUCCUACACUUUUGGUAUACAUUAAUGCUGCAUACUCAUGUCUGCAUAGGUGAUGCCUGAAGCCGUGUCUGAAUGGGAGAGUCAUUCACAUGGUUUGUGGAAUUGUCCCUUGUCAAAAUGGCAAUAACGUCUGUGGUGUAAAGUACCUACGGCUUCACAUAUACCGUGCAGCGCACUUUAGCCGGAAGGGCAGCAGCGCACUGUAAUAAUCGCUGUCAGUCCUGGUGCUGGCUUGAGUUUUGAAUAUGUCAUGACAAGUAUUACAUACUGUAUCACUUAUUGCAAGUCUAUAAGCUUCUCCGCACAUUGAUAUUUACAAGUACUUUUAUAGCUAUUGCCUUCCUUGUUUAUCCCUAUCUCUUCCUAUACUAUAUCUAGCCUCAAACAUUUCUUAAACAUAUAUCUGCCUUCCAUUUUAUUUUAUUGACAUUGACAUUGAGUCCAAAUGGCCAUUAUACCCAAAUGCCCAAACACAUUAUUGGUGUUCUCUUGCUUUGGAAGAUUUCCUCUGGAUUCUGUUCUCUCCUUCUGCUCACUUUUGUAUUUAGUAUGCUGCUCAACACACCUUUCCAUGCUGCAGAUAGGCUCAUUCAUUUAAAUGGGUCUGUAUCCCCCUUGAGUAAAGAGGAAGAUGGUGUCAGAGCGUAUUAAACAGUUGCCUUUGUUUCAUGUCUCACUUUGCUCUCCCAAGGUGAUCCUGUCUUUUUGUUUGUGGAGUGUGACUGUUUUUUCAUUCUAGUGUCGUCUUGCUAUACUGCAUUUCUUCCUAGAACACUUUGAUGAUUGAGCCUAGUUCUCAGAGCUCACUACUGCCAGCUGUACCCACCUUUCACUGUGUUCAAUGAUCCCUGUGCCAGGUGCCUUGGGACUGGCUGUUUAUAGACCACCAGCAGGAAGUAAAAGCAAGAGAUUUAGGUCAUGCUCAGCUCAUAGAAUUCGAAGGUGCAUCCACUCUUACUGUUGGCUACAGACAAUGAAAUCCCCAUC